GGGAGAGGCGCUGCGCGCGAAGGCCUUCGGGCAGCCAAUGGACGAUCCCGACGGAGGAUUUCAAAUGUGGCGGCGCUAGUUGUAUCCUGCCUGGCAGAGCGGGAGGCCAGACAAGCUCGCGGUGCUGUGAGCGGCUGUGAGCCGCCGAGACAAAGAUGGUUAAGGAAAGGUGUCAGAAAAAGUCCUUUCAAGAUAGUCUUGAAGACAUUAAGAAGCGAAUGAAAGAGAAAAGGAAUAAAAACUUAGCAGAGGUUGGCAGACGCAAGUCCUUUAUCGUUGCACCAUGCCAAGUACCCACUAACACUGCUACACUGCUGAAAAAUUACCAAGAUAACAACAGGUUGUUAGUUUUGGCUUUGGAAAAUGAAAAGUCCAAAGUGAGAGAAGCCCAAGAUAUCAUCCUACAGCUGAGAAGAGAAUGUUACUAUCUUGCAUGCCAGCUAUAUACAGUGAAAGAGAAGCUAACUUCCCAAAAAAGUGAAGACAUUGAUCAGAACCGGAAAGGAUGUAUCUCAGAAGUGGUCUCCAGUAGUGACAACACCAUCGGAGACUUAUCUGUGAAGACCUUACGGCAAACUGCUCUUGAAGAAAAUGACUGGCCUUUCCAAACCAAAGAACCAAGUUCUACUGUUCCUCCAGACACACUGGGGAGUGAUUUUGAUUCAGGUAAAGUCGAGCCUUCUGAUGACAUCUUACCUAAGACUGUGUCUUUCCGUCGCCACUUAAAGAAAGAUUUUAGUAAUGUAAGUUGCUCCACUGCUUUGGAGGACUGUGAAGCCAGUCACUGGGUGGGACAGUCUUUGGAAGUUAGAAGAAGUGGGUGUAAAGACCCAACUAUAACUCUGCACGAACUUGAAAAUGUAGAACAAAAUGUUUGCCUGUGGAACAAGGACCAAAUUAACUUAUCCCCUAGACUGACUUACCCAGGAAAGAAUGCUAAAACAAAAGUCAUUUUACCAUCCAAACCUGAACAAACAGAACAUAAGCACCAACGUGCACAGAAAAGAGCAAAGCGGAGAACAGCCAACCAGAAAUGCAAAUCAAAAUCCUCACUGAGGUGUAAGGGCAAGAAAAUCAAAGAUAAGCACGCUUUACAACCCACAAAAUUGGAUAGGUCUAUUGGUUCUGGCGAUGCUUAUGAUUUUAAUGUGGAAGAGCGUGUUCAUCUUACUCCUUUCCGACAAAAAAUGAGCAGUGGUUCCAGUGAAGAAAUUAACAGAGGUGACCAGGAAGGGAAUGCUUCCGAUCUGAGUGCCUCUGAGGAUGAGGCCAGUGACAUCUACCUGCCUCCUUGCAAGCACUUGAUAGACCACACCAGAGAAUCAGACAGACCAGUCACCAGGCCUCGGCCUAAAAGGGAACUCAAGUACACGGGUGAAAAAGAUAAGGAGAAGACUCUGCCAACCAGAACUCCUACUGGUAUGCCAUGCAAGAAUCAAGACUUAUCUGGUUGUAGCCUAAAGGAUGUCACCAAUAUCCUGCUGUCUCCUGUAGUGAAAAUCAGGAAACUUUCUCUGUCUCCAAAAAGGCGUGAAGAUAGCCCAGCCAUGCCUCUGCCUAAGCGCAAGUGCUCCACCAUCACAAGCUAUAAGGAGCCAACACUCGCUUCGAAACUAAGAAGAGGGGACCCUUUCACAGACUUGUGUUUCUUGGAUUCUCCUAUUUUCAAGCAAAAAAAGGAUAUGAGACGUCCUAAAAGAAGUACAAAGCACACACAGUAACUCCUUUGGUUGGAUGCUAUCAAAGAGGAUCCUUCUCUGUUACCUGAUAAAGUCUGAGCAGUGGGCAGAACCAUCCCUUAUCAAGCUCUGGGUCAGGACCUAUACUUUGUAGUUGUGCGGAUUGCUACCAAUCUAAAAUUUCUCCAGCAGGGGAAUUUCAGAGUUUAAGUUUUAUAAAGAUAGGAUAUGGAUCGCUUGUGAAUCCUUGACCUCAUAAGACAUACCAUAAGUUGCUGAGAAUCCCUUAUUCUACUACUGAGUCUUUGGGUAAACUAUAUGUGGAAUCACAAUUAAGAGAAUUGGUAGUUUUGGUUCUGGGACAAGGUUGUGAACUCUGUGUGUGACAUCAUUCUUCAUCAGAAUCAACGUAUCAUGGACCUCAGGCUAGCCCUUCAUGUUGUCAGAAGUCUGCAAGUAUAAAUAUGUGACUAGUAAGUUUCUGGGUUUGAUAAAUGUAUUUAAUGAAAUAACUGAACUUCUGCAGGUGUGUAUAUAUUUCUUUAAACUGAAAUCACUAUAAGUGGUCCAUUUUUAAAGAACACUGAAGUGUGGCCAUUGUAAGGUCUGGCUGUACAUAAUGGUGGCCAUUGUGUUUACCUUCUGCUCUUAACUGUCAAGUAACCUUGAUUAUCUUCCUUUCUGGCCUUAACCACUCCCAGCUUGUUUCCUCAUCUGUUUUCCCUGUCAACUCUCCUUUUCUCUUCACAUUAGAUUGUCUUAAUCAAGUUACCUGCAGCCUUCAGGCCCCAAACCAAGACAUUUCAGUUUGUGGCUCAGUAGUGAACACUUGUGUCAUUCGGGCAAGGCCUAGGAGUAAAUCCCACUGCAAACAACAGAAGGGCCUAGUGUUCAUCUCAGACUGUCCACCGUGACUUCUUGCAGUACGUUCAGUCAUGCUGAGAGCUCUUCUCUGUUGCUCGUGUGCAUCCCACUCUCCCAUUAAAGUCUUAUUUCCAGCCACGCUUCUAUUUCAGCGCCGAAGACGGAACCCAAGGUCCUGUGUGUGACAGGAGCACAGCCACAGCAGUCUAGAGCCUCGCUGUUUAUCUUUUGUAAUAUCACAGUACCUCCGGGGCGACCAUUUUACCUAAGAAUAAAUACAAGUCCACUUUCAUCUCAGUGGGCCUCAUGUGGCUACGAUUACCACAGUGCUGCCUACUCAGAGGUAGACUGUAUCCUGGUCCACACCAAGCAAGCUGGCUUGUGGGCCAUGCUUCAUACAAGCUAAGUUUAGUUUUUAUGUAUUUAAAAAGUCAAAAACAUGAGAUUCCAUCUUACACCUUAAGAAUGGCUAAGAUCAGAAACACUGAUGACAACUUAUGCUGAAGAGGUUGUGGGGAAAGGGGGACACGUCUGCAUUGCUGGGGGGAAUGCAAGCUGGUACAACCCCUUUGGAUUCCAGUGUGGCGAUUUCUCAGAAAAUUAGGAAACAACCUUCCUCAAGACCCAGUAAUACCACUUUUGGGUAUAUAUUCCAAAGGAUGCUCAAUCGUGCCACAAGGACAUGUGCUCAACUAUGUUCAUAGCAGUAUUGUUUGUCAUAGCCAGAACCUGGAAACAACCUAAAUGCCCCUCAACCGAAGAAUGGAUAAGGAAAAUGUGGUACAUUUACACAGUGGAGUACUACACAGCAGAAAAAAUAAUGACAUCUUGAAUUUUGCAUGAAAAUGGAUGGAGGUAGAAAACAUUAUUUUGAGUGAGGUAACCCGGACACAGAAAGACGAUCAUCACAGGAACUCUCACUCAUAGGUGGUUUUUAAACAUAAAGCAAAGAAAAUCAGCCUACAAAACACAACCCCAGAGAACAAUGAGGACCCUGAGAGUCUUACAUAGCUCUAAUCUACAUGGGAAGUAGAAAGUAGAAAAAGACAUGGUCUCCUGAGUAAAUUGGGAGCAUAGGGACCUUGGGGGAGGGUUGAAGGCAGAGAAAAAUGUAGAGCUCAAUAAAAAUCAAAAAAAAAAAAAAGAAUAGAACAAAAAAAAGGUCAAAAACAAAACAUUAACAUUUGAAUUAAAUUUGCUACUUAGCCUGUGGAACCCCAGCUAUUUUAUAUCCUGGUUCAUUUUCAAAAUUUUUUUUAUGGCCUGUUAUGAUGGUCCAUACCUAUAAUCUCAGCACUGUAGAGGCUGAGGCAGGAGGAUCCUGUCUUACACAAACUGUGCUACAUUGUUGGGACCAUUUGGAGCCCUGGCCUCUGGCUGCUCUCCCCUGCUAGUGACCUUUCUUGACCUUCUGAAAGCUGUGUCCAGCUCUGCUUCCUGAGCAGGUGUUGCCUUGUCCUUGAUUGCGGGUCAGGGGAUGAGGUUUUCACCUCUUGGCCUAUCUGAUUGUGUUGGGUAUUAAAGCCUCCGUGGUGUUAUUCAAUAAAGGGCUUCUUUUACCAUGGACUAAAGGGGUGUGUGUGUGUGUGUGUGUGUGUGUGUGUGUGUGUGUGUUUAAUCCUGACGUCCUUCGCUUGGGUUUUGGUUUCAGGCCAUGCAGGUGCGUCACUACAUAAUCUCAAAAAGGCAAAAACCAUUUUUCUACUUUCUUCUGUAGACACCUAAAUGUUUAUUGCAAAGAUCUUUGUGCUGUGUCAGCCUUGACCCUUCCUGUAUACGGUCACUGUUAUCUUUCCAAUUUUAGUACAAGCACCAGUCACUGUUACCUUAAAACUGCUAUUAGACUUUUUUAGUCUUUGUCAUGUUUUUGUAUUCCAUGCAGUAUGUGUUUAUAGGCUGUUAAGGGUUUUGUGUGCACAUUUCUGUCUGAUAGGCACUGUAUAUAUAUUGUAUAUACUGAUUUAUAAUUGACUUAAGUGUUUGAGACUUACCAUGUUGGUAGAUAUAGAUUAUUUCUGUUAUACAAUAUCUUAGAAAUAAACCAGACUUAGCGCCUCUUUGAGAAAUAGUUAUCACUUGUUAUGUUAAAUAUUAUAACUGCAAUUAAUAUUCUUUACCUCUCCAGGGCCUUCUGUAAAGGCCAGGCUUCUCAGCAGAGUGUUUCAUGAUGUUCAGCCAGGUUUUCUGACACAUCUGCUUAUACCCUAGCCUCACAUUAAUCUCUUACUUCUGAAUGCCCUUCUCCAAUAAUGUCCUAAAAGCUGACAUUCAACUGUCGUACUUCAUUACCUUUGUAAAAGGUGUUAAGAGGAUCAAGUCUAGCUGGGUGUGCUGGUGCUCAAGGAAACAGAGGCAAAGGGAUCUCUGAGUUUGAGGCCAGCCUGGUCUGCAGAGCAAGUUCCAGGACAGUCAGUGCUACACAGACAAACUUUGUCUUUGAAACCCAUCCCCCAAAAAGAGAGAGAUUGUGAAAGAGAAAUAAAAAAGUAGCAAAAGUAGCAAGGGGGCAUGUGUUUAUUAUUAAUAGAUGGAAGGAACUAAAAUAUAUAUUCCAGCUUUAUGUUUCUAGACAAGAUGGAGAGCUGCAGCUUGAAGGAGGAUUCAUUCGGUGUGCCACAACCACAUGACAGCAUUCACUGGCUCUUGGCAUUAAAUCCUGUUCAGUAGUGGUCAAUUAAUGAAUAAAAAGUAUCUGCCAGAGAUGUAGAAUGGUAGAUUAUGUGUGGGAACCUGGGCUUCAAAAUCCAACACCACAGCAAAAGAGUAA